UUGACAUUGUGGCUUUGCAGAUACGGACAAUCAGCGAGUGAUAAUCCACGUGAAGGACGUGAAUGAUGAGCCUCCUUAUUUCAUCAACCGGCCUUUGCCGAUGCAGACAGUGGUGCAGCUCAACGCUGCUCCCAACACCCCAGUCUUCACUUUACAAGCUCGAGACCCUGAUACGGACCACAACAUCCAUUACUUUAUCGUCAGAGACAGAACUGGAGGAAGGUUUGAGGUCGAUGAGCGGUCAGGCGUGGUCAGGACUCGAGGAACCGAUCCCUUCCAGCUCGACAUGGAAUACGUAUUGUACGUCAAGGCUGAAGAUCAGAAUGGCCGAGUCGAUGAGCGAAGAUUCCAAUCAACUCCUGAGGAGCGGCUCAGUAUUGUGGGUGGCAAACGAGCUCCCCAGUUCUACCUGCCUAGCUACGAAGCCGAAAUCGCUGAAAACCAGAAGAAGGAUUCAGAUAUUAUCUCAGUGAAAGCCAAGUCUUUCGCUGACCGCGAGAUUCGCUACACGUUGAAGGCUCAAGGUCAGGGCGCUGGUACUUUUAACAUCGGACCUACUUCAGGAAUCGUGAAGUUGGCUAAAGAACUGGACUUCGAAGAUUUGAGGCAACCCCACGUGUACUCGUUAGUGGUAACCGCUACCGAAGAUUCUGGAGGUUUUUCUACUUCAGUAGAGCUAACGAUUCGCGUGACAGACGUAAAUGACAACGCGCCAAAGUUUGAGCUACCCGACUACCAGGCGCACAACGUCGACGAAGACAUUCCAUUAGGCACCAGCAUACUAAAAGUCAAAGCAAUGGACGCCGAUUCCGGGAAAAAUGCAGAAAUCGAGUAUUUAGUUUCAGAUGAUCACUUCAGUGUGGACUCAAACGGCAUCAUCACAAACAACAAGCAAUUAGACGCAGACAACAAUAACGCUUACUAUGAGUUUGUAGUCACAGCUAAAGACAAGGGAGAACCAGCUAAAACCGGAACAGCAACCGUCCGAGUUUACACCAAGAACAAGAACGAUGAAGAACCUAAAUUCUCACAGCAAGUAUACACUCCUAAUGUCGAUGAAAAUGCUGGACCUAACACGCUAGUGACGACGGUAGUAGCUUCAGACAAAGAUGGCGACAACGUGCGGUUUGGCUUCGUUGGCGGCGGCACGAGUUCAGGCCAGUUCGUAAUCGAAGAAAUCACUGGUGUCAUACGACUACACAACAAAGCAAUAUCACUCGACAGAGACAAAUACGAACUCAAUGUCACCGCUAUGGAUGACGGCGCCUGCUGUGUCAACGGAGAUGCAACGAUCCACACCUCUACUGCUGUUGUCGUCGUAUUUAUAACAGAUGUAAACGACAACAAACCAAUAUUCAAAGACUGUCCUACUUACUUCCCAAAAGUGGAAGAAGGCGCUCCAAACGGUAGUCCUGUUAUCAAAGUCCACGCCACGGACGAAGACAAAGGCGUUAAUGGUCAAGUAAAAUAUUCAAUCGUACAACAACCGAAUCAAAAAGGCACCAAAUUCACUGUCGACGAAGAAACUGGUGAAGUAUCAACUAACAAAGUGUUCGAUCGAGAAGGCGACGACGGUAAAUUCGUAUCAGUGACGGUGAAGGCAACAGAUCAGGGAGAGCCUUCACUAGAAGGUGUCUGCUCGUUCACUGUUGAAAUCACCGAUGUGAACGACAACCCUCCACUGUUCGACCGACAAAAAUAUGUGGAGAACGUAAAACAAGACGCCAGUAUUGGCACGAACAUAUUGCGAGUGUCCGCAUCUGACGAGGACGCAGAUAAUAACGGUGCCAUUGUUUACACUUUGAGCGCACCCUAUAAUCCUGCUGAUAUUGAGUAUUUUGAGAUCCAGCCCGAAUCGGGUUGGAUUGUGUUAAAGAAGCCUCUCGACCGGGACAGGUACCGACUGCGCGUGCGCGCCUCCGACAGAGGCGACCCGCCCUCCUCCGCAGACGUGGACGUUGAAUUAGACGUGGUAGACAGGAACAAUAAGCCCCCCAUCUGGGACAUGACCACGUAUGGCCCCGUUCACAUCAAAGAGAAUGUCACAGUGGGUACCGUAGUGACCAGUGUGAAAGCCAGAACCGUGGAGGUCCAGAUAGACGUAGUGGAUCGCGCGAACAAUCCCCCCGUGUGGGACCACACGGUGUAUGGCCCGAUCUACAUUCGAGAGAAUUUACCCGUGGGUGCCAAAGUGGUGUCCGUGAAAGCAAGGUGCGUGGGUAACUGUUCGGCACGGGCACCGCACGCAGCCCCGUCACCUGCACGCCCAGUGCGACGUCGCGCGCCCGCCAUGCUCCUUCGCGCUCUCUCGUCGCCAGGUGCUCGUUUGUUACUGCGACUUCUCGGAGCUGGCAAGAUAUUCAGCUCUCAGCAGUCGUAA